AUGUGGACACAGGCAAAACCACUUCUCGUCCUUAUUAACACGAUUCUGAUUUCUCAACUUGGUGGAGCUCGAUGGUUUCCCAAAACUCUGCCCUGUGAUGUAACUCGGAACUCGGAAAUGGCCCAGGUAACCGUAGACUGCACAGACAAGCAUUUGACGGAAAUCCCUGGAGGUAUUCCUGCCAACACCACCAACCUCACCCUCACCAUUAACCACAUCCCAGAAAUCUCUCCAGUCUCCUUUCAACAGCUAGACAAUCUGAUAGAGAUUGAUUUCAGAUGCAACUGCGUACCUGCUCGACUGGGGCCGAAAGAUCAAAUUUGCCUGAGAAGGCUGCAGAUUAAACCUGGAAGCUUUAGUGGGCUCACUCAUUUAAAGGCCCUUUACCUGGAUGGAAAUCAGCUUCUAGAAAUACCUCAGGAUAUUCCUUCCAGCCUACAGCUUCUGAGCCUUGAAGCCAACAACAUCUAUAUGAUUGCGAAAGAGAAUCUAACAGAACUGGCCAACAUAGAAAGACUCUACCUGGGCCAAAACUGUUAUUAUCGCAAUCCUUGUAACGUUUCAUAUAACAUUGAAAAAGAUGCUUUCCUAGGUAUGAAGCAUUUGAAAUUGCUUUCCUUAAAAGAUAAUAACAUCACAGCUGUCCCUACUGCUUUGCCAUCUACUUUAACAGAACUUUAUCUUUACAACAACAUGAUUGCAAAAAUCCAUGAAGACGAUUUUAAAAACAUUUCUCAACUGCAGAUUCUUGACCUAAGUGGAAAUUGUCCUCGCUGUUAUAAUGCUCCAUAUCCCUGUACACCCUGUGAGAAUAAUUCUCCCCUAAAGAUUCACAAAAAUGCUUUCGAUGCAUUGACAGAGCUACGAGUCUUACGGCUACAUAGUAAUUCUCUUCAGUAUGUUCCUCAGAGAUGGUUUAAGAAGCUGGGGAAACUUAGGGAACUAGAUCUUUCCCAAAACUUCUUGGCCAAAGAAAUUGGGGAUGCCAAAUUUUUGUACUUACUUCACAACCUCGUCCAAUUGGAUUUGUCUUUCAAUUUUGAAUUGCAGAUCUACCAUGCCUUUAUAAAUCUUUCAGAAGCCUUUUCUUCAUUAAAAAACCUGAGGGUUCUGCGGAUCAAAGGUUACAUCUUUAAGGAGCUAAGCAGUCAGAACCUUGCACCCUUACGGGAUCUUUCCAAUCUCGAAGUUCUUGACCUUGGCACUAACUUCAUAAAAAUUGCUGACUUAAGCGUACUUAAACAAUUUAAAACAUUGAAAGUCAUAGAUCUUUCCAUGAAUAAAAUAUCACCUUCUGGAGAUUCAAGUGAACUCAGCUCCUGCUCUAAUACAAGAACUUCUAUAGUGGGCCAUGGGGCCCAGUCCCUUGAAACAAUGCAUUACUUCAGAUAUGAUGAGUAUGCAAGGAGUUGCAGAUUCAAAUCCAAAGAGACUCCUUUUUCUUUUGAUGAAGACUGUUACCAGUACGGUCAAACCUUAGACUUAAGUAGAAAUAAUUUGUUUUUUAUUAAGUCCUCUGAUUUUAAGCAACUUUCUUUCCUCAAGUGUCUAAACUUGUCAGGAAAUAGCAUCGGUCAAGCUCUUAAUGGCACUGAAUUUCAGCACUUAUCAGAGUUGAAAUACUUGGAUUUUUCUAACAACCGACUUGAUUUACUCAGUUCAAGAGCAUUUGAAGAGUUACAGAAGCUGGAAGUUCUAGAUAUAAGUAGCAACAGCCAUUAUUUUCUAUCAGAAGGAAUUACUCAUAUGCUUAACUUUACCAAGAACUUGAAACAUCUGAAGAAGUUGAUGAUGAAUAACAAUGGCAUCUCUACCUCCACGAGCACGACCAUGGAGAGUGAAUCUCUUAAGACACUGGAAUUCAGAGGAAAUAAUCUGAAUGUUUUCUGGAAAGAUGGCGAUACCAGAUACUUCAAAUUAUUCAAGAAUUUGAUAAAGUUGGAGGUAUUAGAUAUCUCUGAGAAUUCCUUGAGCUUCCUGCCUUCUGGAGUUUUUUAUGGUUUGCCUCCAAACCUAAAGACUCUCUCCCUGGCCAAAAAUAGAUUCAAAUCUUUCAAAUGGGAAAAUCUCCAGUAUCUGAAGAAUCUAGAAACUUUGGACCUCAGCUACAACCAGGUGAGGAAUCUCCCUGAGAGAUUAUCCAACUGUUCCAGCAUCCUUAAAAAACUAAUUCUUAAGAAUAAUCAAAUCAGGUAUCUGACAAAGUAUUUUCUACAAGAUGCUUUCCAGUUGCGAUAUCUAGACCUAAGUUCAAAUAAAAUUCAGAUUAUCCAGAAGACAAGCUUUCCAGAAAAUAUCCUCAACAAGCUGGAUAUAUUGUUUCUGCAUCACAAUCGGUUUUUGUGCACCUGUGAUGCUGUGUGGUUUGUCUGGUGGAUUAACCAUACAGAAGUAACUAUUCCUUACUUGGCUACAGACGUGACUUGUUCAGGGCCCGGAGCACACAAAGGCCAAAGUGUGGUCUCUCUGAAUCUGUAUACUUGUGAGUUAGAUCUGACUAACUUGAUUCUGUUUUCAUUUUCCAUAUUGACGGUUACCUCUCUGAUGAUAGUUAUGACAGCCAGCCACCUCUAUUUCUGGGACGUGUGGUAUAGUUACCAUUUCUUGAAGGCCAAAAUAAAAGGCUAUCAGCGCCUACCAUCACUGAAUUCUUGCUAUGAUGCUUUUAUCGUGUAUGACACUAAAGACCCAGCUGUGACAGAAUGGGUUUUAGAUGAGCUGGUGGCUAAGCUGGAAGAUCCAAGAGAGAAACAUUUUAAUUUAUGUCUUGAGGAAAGGGACUGGUUACCAGGGCAGCCUGUUCUGGAAAACCUUUCCCACAGCAUCCAGCUUAGCAAAAAGACUGUGUUUGUGCUGACAGACAAAUAUGCAAAGACUGAGAAUUUCAAGAUAGCAUUUUACUUGUCCCAUCAGAGGCUGAUGGAUGAAAAAGUGGAUGUCAUUAUCUUAAUAUUCCUUGAGAAGCCUCUUCAGAAGUCCAAGUUCUUUCAGCUCCGAAAGAGGCUCUGUGGGAGCUCUGUCCUGGAGUGGCCAACAAACCCACAGGCUUACCCCUACUUCUGGCAGUGUCUGAAAAAUGCCCUGGCCACAGACAAUCAUGUGACCUACAGUCGGGUGUUCAAAGAGACGGUCUAGGUCUCCUUUGCAAAAUGUGACGAACUCCCUAAGUUAGCAAGGAGAAGCUUGACUGACUUGAUCUUCUCAUAUCUGUCCCUUCAAA